AUAGGUGACUGUGAUGCACAUAUCACCGGGCAAUCUUCUGGCUUCGUUCAUUCUCCCAACUACCCUGAACAGUACGACAACAACCUGUUUUGUACGUGGAUCAUAGAGGUCAACGCGGGGGAAGGAGUGAAGAUGACACCAGUAACGUUUUCUUUAGAAGAAGACUAUGACUGGCUAGACGUCUACAUGGGAGACAUAGACAACGUCACCAUGUUAGGAUCGUACACAGGACAAAACAUUGCCGAAGAACUCUUUGUCACUUACAAGAUGGCCCACCUAGUCCUUACUACGGACAGGUCUAACACCGAUGACGGUUUCAAAAUCCACUUUGAGGCAUUUGACUUGACGGGUUUUCCGUGCCCCGAUCCUGGCGUUCCCAAUAACGGCUACAGGACUGGAGACGAUUUCGCUGUGGGGUCGGUUGUUUCAUUCGGCUGUAACGACGGCUACGUUUUGUUUGGGCAGGAAAGACUCACCUGUAUGUCUGGUGAUAUGAGAUACUGGAACUUCAGCCCUCCAGAUUGUAAAGGAGGGCCCAAUCAACAGAAAACACGUUAA